UCAUGCCGAUAGGUUAGUCAGUUUUCAAGUGCGGUCUGAGCGUGUUGUGCGGCGCGGCAAAAUUCGUGAGCGAAUAACAGCAGCAGUAGCAAAAGCAAUAACAGUGCCAAUAAGCUGAGCGCUUUGUGCAGUUGGCGAACGACAGUUGAAUGCAACUGUUGGCGAUUGUGGCAUACUAAUUUUUUGCGCGCACUUAAAACAACCGUUAUAGCGACAACUGUAUGCAAUCUGAAAAGCUGCAUUGCGAAAAAACUAAUUUACGAACGAAAUAAGUGGCUGCUGAACAAAUAAGCUUCGCGGUGUUAGUUUUAAAUUCCAGUUAAUUAACAAAUUAUUUGUGUGAUUUAUAGAGAAAACCAGUAAAUAGAAUAUUUCGAACAAAUACAGUGGCGAUUUGUGUGCAAAGUAACUUGAUGCGGUGAUGUACACAACAGCAAUAACAGCAAGCAAUAAGAAAACGAUAAAAAGUAACGAUAAAAAGGUGUCAGGCGCAAGGUUGUGCAUAUAUUAAACAGUGGUAGAAUUUUUGAAAACGCUUAGAAAAGUGAAUGACGCAAAUUUUUGCAAAAAACUUAUUUAAGCUGCGCAAAAUUCAUUAAUAAUAACCAAAGCAUAGAAAAUUAAAAAGUCUACAAAGUCUCCAAAGUCUCCAAAUUCUACAAAACACACGAAAGUCUAAUAAAUCAACAGAAGUAUUGUAAAAACUGCUUGAACGAGUUAAACAAAGCGAAAACAGUAAUUUGAAAACUCUACACAGAAGUCUACAAAGCCAAAAAACGGCAUAUAACAAAUUUUAAAAUAAAAUAACACACCUAACAACUGAAAUUUUAAAGAAAAUUACGAAAAUAUUAAAGCUAAAUGCGAAAUUAGCUUUUGAAAUUUUAAAGAAACUGCAUGCCACAAAAAUUAAACUAAACCAACAACGCAGUUCAAACUUUUAAACAUCGAUUGCAGGCUUAAAAGUAACAUAAUCCCUAAAAUUCAAGUGUAUUGGUCGUGUACAACGUAUUACAAACAAAAAAUCAGUACAACAUGUCUGCAAUGGUAGCUUUGCGUCGCUUCAUCGAUCUAUUACUCUUUGUCUUACUGGUUGCCGUCGAAGUCGCCUUGCGCCAGUGGAUGCCGCCACAAAAGCGCGGUUUCUUUUGCGGCGACGAAUCGUUACAAUAUCCUUACACCGGCACACAAACUAUAGGGUUCGCGGUGCUAUGCAUUAUAGUCUUUGGCAUACCAUUCAUCGUCAUAUUUGUUGUCGAACUAUUUCGCCAAUUAUCACAUAGUCGCGGCAAGAAACAACAUACAACACAAGAUGCCGCAAACGAGUCGUGCUACUGUGGGCGUCGUUGGAAGAAUAUUUACGCACAAAUAGGCUAUUACUUGCUCGGCUUACUGAUGACACUAGUCGCUACAGAGAUAGCGAAGCGUUCGAUCGGCCGUUUGCGUCCGUACUUCUUCAGCAUCUGCAAGCCGCGCUUAAGCGACGGCACCAACUGCGACUUCGAACAGAAUCAAGGUCACUACUUUACCGACUACAAGUGCGAAAGCGAUGUUAGCCACAGGAUGAUGGCUGAAAUGGCAAUGUCCUUUCCCAGCGGACACUCUUCGACCGUCUUCUAUGCCAUGGUCUAUAUAGCGCUCUACUUACAAGUGGCGCUGAGCACACGCGGCUCCAAACUACUCAAGCAUUUACUGCAAUUCAGCGCCGUAAUGUUGGCUUGGUAUGUGGCGCUGACACGCAUCAACGAUCACUGGCACCACUGGUCCGAUGUGCUGGUGGGUAUAUUGAUGGGCGCUUUAUUUGCUUGGCUGGUGGCACGUUAUGUGGCCAAGUUUUUCGAGGGCCGUUGCUCAACGUCUACGGCGGCGGCAUCGAAAAUCUUGGUGCACUCCGGUUUGGCAGCUGCGUCGGCGCAAUCGGCGACGCCAGUCUUGCCCGCGUACACAUUUGGCAGUGUGCCGUAUCUGCAGCACCACGGACCGAAUCAUGCCGCCUACGGUCAGACAUACCACAACUAUGGUUACGUGCCGUAAAGUGGGAAUUGCGGGAGCAGGCGGAGAAAUGGCAACUUGUAAUGAAACGCACGCACAUACACACAUGUGGAAGCAGCAGUGGCAGUGCUUUAAAAAACAACAAAUUAAAGCAAUGUCUGGAAAUGCAGUUGAGCUGCAGUGAAAGCCAUUGCAAUUUUGUUAUUAUUUUUAUUGUUUUUUUUUUGUUUGCUUUUUAAUUUUUUGUUUAAUUUUAAGUUUGCAAUGCACGCAUGUGGCAUUGGAAUUCGUGUAGCAGAGUGAAAUUUUGCAAGCAAGUAUUUGUAUGUAUGUGUAUCUGCAUACACGUCUGCAUGCAUUGCAGUAUUUCACAGUUGAAUGAUUUUGUUGAGGUCUGCAACUGCUUAGUCAAACGCUAAUUGUUGCUAAUUGCCAACAUUGGCACUAAUCACUUACAUACUUGUCUUAAGUGGAGCAUAUGCGAAUGUACGCUCUACAAAUUAGUUUUAAAAAAUAACUGCAAAUUUUUCUAAAUUCGCCGCUACUUAAUUGUAUCUAUUUACGUUCUAAUUAAAGUUUAAUUAAAAGCUCAAAAGGCUUAAAACAAAAGUCUACAAUUGUUGCAGAAGUCCUGCAAUUAUUGCACUAAACACUUGAUUUCAAGUGAAAUUUGUUGUAAAAUAAGUUUAGUAGUUUAAUUAUAGAAAUUUUAAAAACUCUACACAAAGUCUCCAAAAUUUACUUCUUUAUAAAUAAGUUAAAUUCCGUGUUUUAUAUCAUAUACACGUAGAAGUUUAAUUAAAGCAAUAUUAAAGUCUCCACAAAGUCUCCAAAACUUCGUUUCUUUUAUAAUUAAGUAAUAUUGCGUGUUUUAUUGCAUAUACACUGCAUACAAGUUCAGAAAUAUCAUUUUUAAGGUCUUCAAGAAAGUCUCCAAAGUCUACAACACCUCAAAUCAUUGCAAUUUAAAUCAAGCAUUAUUUAAUAUGUCACAAAAAGUACAGAACACGGUAAAUUAGAAAGUCUCCAAAUACGAAAGUAGUGUUAAAAUGCGCAGCUAAUAAACUUUUUGUUGUAUAUUUAGUAUGCAUAUUUUUGGAAACACGUAUAU